AUGCUGCACACAGGUCACCUCAUGUUUCAGUUGGCACGAUAUUCCAGAUAUCGCACCGAAAGGAGACGGGACGGACAGUAUGUUUUGGUAUUUGACUACGCCGGCUUCUCUACACUCAUGCGAGCUUCCCGUGUGCCCUACGCUCUGAAAGAAGCCAUCUUAAACUCGACAUAUUUUUUCCUGUAUGAGUGUAACAGUAGUACGACUGGCCUCCCUGUCCAUGAAAUCAUGUCUACUGUUGAAGUUAUUACUCCUGGUCUGGAAGUUACAACUAUGGCCCUUGACUUUAGAACUCCUUCCGUUCCAUUGAAAUGGUUCAGUCCGAUCCUUUGA